AUCGAGUCCCGAUUCAAAUCUCAAAUAUACAACCUUGGCGACUACUCCAGAACACGGUUUAUGUGUGUGAAUUUUAAACCGCUUCUUUUGUUUAAGUUGACCGUUUUUUCAAUGUCGAACGCAGUGGGCACUGCGUUCGACAUACAAAUACAAGACGACAUAGUUGGCGUGAUCACCAUUGGAGACGAGAGACGCCUCUUCGGAUUGAUGUUAAAGCAGCUAUUAAGCUAGCUGCUACUGUAAUGGCCACUAAGCCGAAGGGGAAACUGUCUAAAAGCUCACUCGGAGAUGACAAUAUUUUCGGCAGCUCAUUUGAUGAUGACAUACUGCCGGUAAGAAAGAAAUCAGGACGUGGUGGAUUACUACACGGAUCGUCUGAUGCUGACCACAUCUUCAGUAUGCUCGCAGAGGAGGAUGCCGACAUUACUGCAACAGUUGCCAUUGACAUACUGGGGAACAUAAAGCCAAAACAAAAACCUUCGGAUAAUGACGGCUUCAUGCAAGAACUAGAUAUAGCGGCUGAUGUAAAACCAGAGGAAGCAGAUAAAGCCACCACAGGGGGGAAGAAGAUAACCCCGUCUGCAGCACGGACCAAGAAGUUCAGCUUCUCGGACCUGGACGAUGACCUGGACGAGUGUGAUAACUUAGUUGACCUUCUCGAUGGCUUGCCUUCAAAUAAAAGCAAGACGCAAUCCAAACCCAGCUCACAGGCGACCAAGCAUGAAAAACCCCUACCUUCACAUGCAACAUCUCAAGCCCAAAAGAAGGAAACAACAAAUGCUGCAAAGAAACAGAGUGACCUCACAUUUGAUGACGAGAAAGAUGAUUUAAUUGACGACCUUGGCUUGGACAGUGAUAACAAGAAUCCUAAGAAACAAGGAAGUGUGCUGUGGUCCAACUUGGAAAGUGGCGAGCAUCCCCAGAGAGUUCGCACAAGGCUCGAUGAGAUUCUGGAGAAUCAUUCUCCCAGUGUGGAGUGGUCACCCACAGGUGCCAAGAAGGACCCGCCUCCGUCCAGGGAGAAGAACUACAAUUUGAAAGACGCCUUUUCAGAAGACGAUCGAAUAUUUGGAUCCUAUCAGCCCACUGUGGGAGCCCCCCCUGCAGGUCCCCAGUUGCGCAAGCAGUCCAUCAGAUUCUCGACAGAGAAUGUCCGUCCUUCCAGCCUCGAAAAGAAGCCGCCCAUCUCCCCGACAUCCACUCGACCCCGCAACCCAGCCGACUGGCUGUGUCUCAAAGCAAGCGAUGAGCCCGGCGACCUGGAAGAAGACGUCAAAGAGAGGAAGACCUCAUCAGAGUCUCCCAAAUCUCCCUCCUCGCCUUUGUUGGAGAGAAAGCCCGCUCUGACGGGCGGCCCAAAAACACCUGCUUCUAAAAUAGAAGGAGAUGCCCCCCUGUCGGCCUCCCCCAAAGCAGCAAAGCCAGAUGCCACCAGAAGCCUGAAGAUAAAGGAUGAUGUUGACGACUGGUUAGUGGGCGCUCUUAGCAGGAGGAGGUCUCUCACCGGAUCCAACUCUGACGCCAAAGUCUCCAAGCAGGAGCAGUCUUUAGGUCUGGGAGAAGAAGUGGAUCUGGAGUUGCUCGUGAGUAAGGAAGCCACUUCACACACUAGCAGGGGCAGAGACAACAUUGUUGGCUCCUCCCUCGGACAACCUCGCCCUGCUUCACAAUCUGCUCCCGACAGAGAUGAGAGAACCAAAGAAGCACUCUCACAGCCAAACCAGUUACCGAACUCAUCAGCUGCGGUCCAGCAACAGAUGCCUUUUUCAGCGGACAGCCUGCAGCAACAAUUGUUACUACAGCAGCAGAUGAUGCAGUCGCUGGGGUUCCGAGGUGUUUUGGAUGUUGCGGCACUGCAGAGACAGCCACCUGCAGAGGACCAGGAUUUACAGGCUCGCAUCAUCCAGCUGGAGGGACAGAUUAAGACCUUGAAGCUGGAACGAGACCAUAGCCAGAUGUUACUGGAGAGUGCCCAGCAGCGACAUCAACAGGACAUGGAACUCAUGGAAAACGCCCACAGGACUCGCGUCAAGCUUCUCGAAGAAUCGACCGCUCAGAGGGAGACACGGAUGCGUCAGGAAUGCGAAGACCUCAUUGAGCGCUUGGCCGCACUAACGCAAAGCGCAGAGAAGGAGCGCUCGGACCUGCAGGCGCACUACCAGCGCAAACUGGCCCAGUUCCAGCAAGACCAAGACCGUGACGUAGAGAGACUGCGAGAUCUGCAGAGAAAAUCUAUUCUGGAGAUGAAGAAAGACUACGAAGACCAUGUCAAUAGACUGAAAAGACUAAAAGAGGAGGAGAUUGACGCAGUGACAAGUGCAACGUCUGAGACCAGGUCUCUGACUGUCGUGAUCGAGAAGAUGGAGCAGUUCUCUUCUCGUCUCGGAGGUCUCUCCACUCUGGUUGAGAGCAGACAUGAGCACACGAGCCAAGACUUGGAGCAGGGGGCGCGGCACAGAGAUGAGCAGCUUCGAAUCAUGCAGGAGCGUUUGGCUCAGCAGCAGAAAGCAAUGGCUGAGGAGAAGGCUUGCCUGAAGGAGAUCAUUUCCAGGAUGGACACUCAGAUCAAUGAACAGCAGCGACAGCUUGAGAAGGAGCGCUGGAAGGUGACCGCGGAGCAGGCCAAGGUGGAAUCCUCCCUUAAAAGCCUGGAGGAUGAGCGACGGUCCCUGACGAUGCAGAUGAACAUGGAGCGAGAGGAGCUGGAGAGAGCCAAGAGCGCGUUAUUGGAGGAGCAGAAGUCGGUGAUGCAGCAGUGUGCAGACGACAGAAGGAAACUGGCCGCCGAGUGGAACGUCUUCCAUGCCCAGGAGAAACAGAGGCGAGAGAGGGCCGAGCAAGACGUCAGCACGCUCCUGGACAGGAGGGAAGGCUCCAUCAUGAGUCUGGCACAGGAGCAAGCUGAUUUGAAGCUGCGUAGCGGAGAUCUGAAACAAAGGGAGGCGACAGUGGCUCAGGAAAGAGAAGCUCUGGAACAACUCCGAGUGGAACUGAAUCGGGAAAAGGAAAGGAUAAGCAGCACCGCUCUGAGGCUGAAGAGUCGAGCACAGGAGGUGGAUUCCUUCAGCAAGAUGGCAGCAGAAAAGUAUGAGGAAGGUGAGCAGGCCUUGCAGGAAGCCAAACGUGUGGAGGCGGAGCACCAGGCAAGGCUAAGAAACAUCCAUUCCCAGAUCGAGAAGCUGAGGCAGCUUGAACAGCGCACUAUUCAGGAGCGACUACGGUUUCAUCAGCUGCAAAUCAGUGAGAAGGUUCAACCCAAACUACCCUCUGGAACACAAAGCAAUCCGACUGUUUUAACAGACUCAGGUUCAGUGAUGCCAGAAACCAAUCUGGCACCAACACCGAAGACCACUAAGUCAUUGCCCGAUCCUCAGUCUCUGGCACGCCUGGCGAUAUGGAAGUACAACGAAAUAAAGGUCUAGCCUUGGAGUCGGUCAGUCUGGCCAGUCAAUCUUUCCUUGACAUUAUUCCUAUGAUCAGUUUGAGUCGGGUGACCUCCGACCCCUAUCCUCUACUCCUACCUGUGGGGGCUUCCUACCAGAUGUUGCUAAUGUUUUUAUUAUCACUCCUGAACUCCAAACCUGCAUUCCUGUUGGAUUACAAUUUCCUGGGGGUAAGGGCCACCACUCUCUGGAGAGUUUGUGAUGAACAUGUGCACCUUUGAAGUUAUCUAAAGUUAGCGACUAUUCAACGUAUAUUUUGUCAUAACAACAUAACUUAAAAUUGUUAGUUGCUUUUCUGUGCGCACACUAGGGCUGGGUGAUAAAACGGUAUCAGUAUAUAUCACGAUGCUUGUAAUUGAUAUCAAUAAAAAAUGCAUACGAUAAAUAGUUUCCGUCUUCGUCGGAAGUAUGGAAGCAAGGUUGGUUGCAUGGACAGAGGCACUUGCUCUCUGGUAACCGAGCAACGCAGGAAGUCCCCAUAUAGCUGCCUGGGCUAUGCUUGUAUUUUAUUCUUCAAUUUAGGACCUCCAGAAUCAGCAUGUCCCCAUCCAUUUGUGUCAAGUUGGAAUUACGUCUGAAAACAUUUGACAAGUUGAUUUCAUGUCCGUUCCGACUCGCCGCCCAUUAUCAUGUUUCAAAGUGCCUGUCAAGUUUGGUUGUCUGGCGCUUGAUUCUUUGCAUGGAAUGAGAAGAGAAAGUAAAAAUGGAGAAAUUGUGGAUACAAGAGAAAAAGUCCCCUGGACAGUAUGGCACUUUUUGGGAUUUUUUCAGGGACCAAUGUGGUCUGUAAAUGAUGCAAGGCGCUCAGCUCCACCAAAACCGCUAAUACCACCGUAGCCACGCUCACCCUUUAGAGCACAGCUGUAACUUAACCUGCAGAACAUAGUUAAAGUUAAAGUACACAUGAUUGUCUCACACACUAGGUGUGGCGAAAUUAUUCUCUGCAUUUGACCCAUCACCCUUGAUCACCCCCUGGGAGGUGAGGGGAGCAGUGAGUAGCAGCAGUGGCCGCGCCUGGGAAUAAUUUUUGGUGAUUUAACCCCCAAUUCCAACCCUUGAUGAGUGUCAAGCAGGGAGGUAAUGGGUCCCAUUUUCAUGGUUCUUCUCAGAUUUCUCUGUUUACAUUUUCACACUAUUUUCUUACACUUUAUUAAGCAUUUCUUACAUAUUCCUUAUUUGUGCACCUUCAUUUUAAGAGCUUUUUAAGUGUUUGAUGUGAUUUUAUACUUUUGUAUACAUUGUUUUCCAUGCUUGUGUUGAUAUUUACUUUCCUCUGUGCCUUGAUAUCUGACGGGAUUCUAAUCAGAAAGGUUACAAAUACAAUAACAAUGUUAACAUUUAAUAGAUUUUUCUCCUGUUCCUUAUUUUCGACAAAAAAAUAUCAAUCAAUAUUGACCGAUGUACACUUAUAUUGUGAUUAUUAUGGUUAUAUCGCCCAGCCCUAGUGCACAAGCCUGAAUGCCAGAAAUAUUCCUCGGGCCGACGAGCAAUUUGUAUUGAUUAGUGAUAGGGUCAGACGAUACUGAAGCAUCGCUGCCUUGUGAAACACCAGGAGUGAUGCAGUGUCCCUAUUAAGAAAGACUAUGUGACCGAUACAGCUGCUGUGUCAUUUCACUAUGAGGCAACAAACUUGUGUAUCGGGAAGCACAUUUUUGGGCUCUCAAGUGAGUUUGUACUAAAUGAAGUCAGGAGAGUGACGUGCCGUAUUUUGUCACCACCGAUGUACAUGGAACUAAAAAUAAAUCCAAAAUGGGGGAUCAUUUUGAUCUCAUAGCGCAAAGUUAGGUGAACUGUCUUCUCCUGCUGACCAUUGGCUCAUUGACCAGAGUUGCAUGUUUCAUAUUCCUUUCUGCACAAGUUAUUUACACACAAUAAUUAUAUUUGCCUGUCAAAUGUGGUGACUUUUAAAUCUAGUACAGUGGGUCUCACUUAUUUCACAAAGUACCACCUCAGGAAAAAAACAACUUGGCUCUCCAAGUACCAUCAAUGAUCAACAUGAAAAUACAGUAGGCACAAGUAUUCAUUAAAACAAGACAGGUUUAAUUUACAAAGUAUAUUCAAUAUUUUUGGCCAGUCGCUUUACACCAGGGGUGUCAAACGUACGGCCCCCGAACAGGUUUUAUCCGGCCUGCAGGAUGCUUGACAAGUAUAAAAAUGAGCGGAAAUUUUUGAAUGAAAGAAAUUGUUCUGAAUGUAUCCACUAGAUGUCAUAAUAACAAUUAUUUGUAGAUGCUACAUAUUUAAUAAAAUAAACCACGUUAGUGCACCAGUUAGUUGAGGAAAAUUUGCAAAGUACAUAAACAUCCUGUGUUUUGAUUUUGAUAUUUUUUAAUCUUGAUGGAUCGAAAAAUAACACCAAUGAGUUGACUGAUGAACAUUAUCACAAUUUAUUCAGAAAGUAUAAGAAAACUUUAAAUAAAAGGUAAAAUACUAAUUACUGCAACAUGUAAGUGUAAACAAUACCCCAACAACAUUAGGAUUUGUACAUUUUCAGAAUGAGUUCUAUUUUUAAACAAAGAAAACAAUCUGAAGUUGUAUAUUUUUAAGUUAUCGUGCUGUGCUUUCACCAGUCUGGUCCACUUGGGAAUAGAUUUUUUUCCAUGUGGCCCCCGCAAAAUGAGUUUGACACCUCUGCUUUACACAAUUUGAAUAUAGUAUAAUAGAACACUGUCCUUUGAUCAAGCGUAUUACUAUUGAUACACGCACCAGUUUGAGAAUCACUUCUUGUAGAUUAUGAAAUACCAACACUGUGCUAGUCAGUGUGACAUAUGCUCACUGAAGCCUUAUUUACAAAUUAGUAAUUGUGAGACAUAUACAUUUAAAAUGUGUGCUGUUACAUUGUUUGGUUAAAAAGUUGCUAAGCCCAUUCAGUGCACAUUUCAAAUACUAACAAUUUAACAGAAUUUUUUUUCUUAACAUUUGAAUAAACGGUCUUAAAUGCAAAUUUCAGUGGUGUUCAAAGUGUGACAUUACUCAAAAUGAAAAUUUGAGCUUCGUGUCACACAAAAAGGGAAUAACUUUUUACAGUAAACAUGGGACGUUGACUCAAUACAAUAACAAAUAAGUGUAAACAUCAAAUGAAAAAGGUAAUGGUUAUAACUAGGGAUGUCCGAUAUCGGCCUGCCGAU